UGAACGUGCUAGCUUAGCCAUGUCGCUAACGCGCUCUGGCUCGCGACAAACCUUUAAUUUAGCGCUUUAAUGAAGACUUGUCGCGUUAAUUAGUGACCAGACUCAAGCGUUAGACAACAACACUGCGUCAAAGUUUACCAACGACACUCACCAGCUGAAUGGUGACGGUAUAGGAGCACGUGCAGGCUGUUAGCCGUGGAGAGGACAUGUCUCCCAGUUAUCCCACACCAGUUUACUCCCACGCUGGACGAGGGGACUUCCGAGAUGUCUACGAGCCGGCGGAGGACUCUUUUCUCCUGAUAGACGCUCUGGAGAAAGACGCUGACCGGCUGCAGCUGAUGAGCCCGUCUGUGUGUCUGGAGGUGGGCAGCGGCUCAGGAGUGGUCUCAGCUUUUCUGGCAUCAGUGGUUGGACCUUCAGCUCUUUACCUUUGCACCGACGUGAAUCCUGCAGCAGCUCAAUGCACCGCAAAGACGGCGUCCUGUAACAGUGUUUCACUGCAGCCCGUCAUCACGUCCCUGGUGGAGAGUCUUCUGCCCCGUCUCGGUGGGAAAGUGGAUGUCCUCGUCUUCAACCCUCCAUACGUGGUCACACCUUCAGAGGAGGUGGGCAGCACAGGUAUAGAGGCGGCCUGGGCCGGCGGGAAGCGAGGUCGAGAGGUGACCGACAGAUUUCUGCCCGCGGUGCCACAGCUGCUCUCCAGUAAAGGGGUUUUCUACCUCGUUACCAUCGCCGAGAACGACCCAGAGGAGAUCAUCCGUUUGCUGGCCAAAUGUGGAUUGAGGGGAGAGACGUUUUUGUCGACGAGAGCUGGAAACGAAAGGCUGUCCGUCCUGCGUUUCUGUAGGAGCUAACAGACGUGGAACUGCAACCUGGGUUCCCAAACAUUUUCAUGGACACAAUCUCCUCCUUUUCCAUGACUUUUCAAGGCCCCGUAAUCAGUUUUUCAGGGCAUAUUACAAUGUAUAUAACACCAACAGAACUGUUUACUACAAAUGUUAAUUAUAUUGUUGUCGGAUAAGGAGUAGUAAAGGUCCAUGUUUGGUUUUCCUGAUGAUUAUUUUGUUUGGAGACAGAAAAAAAUAAUAAUAAAAAUGUUUGUGUGUUAAAAAAAAGUCACAUCUACAGCAACAGAGAAAAUAAAGUUAUGUGAAAUUACUUCACCACAAAAGAUUACUGUAACGGUUCAUUUCAUCACAAUAAAAAUCCAUGACUUUUCUAAAACGAAUUUUUCUGAUUCUAUGAUUUUUCCAGGCCUGGGGAAUUAGCUUAUGAAACCGCUCUGUGUUGGUGGGAACCUUGACUAUAAUGAUUAGUUGAUGAUGACAAAAUUUCAUGACUUUUCUAAAUUUUCUAUUUUUUAAAAUUAAAUUAAAAUUAGGUUACAUAAUUCAGUGACUUUUACGGGUUUUCCAUGACCGUGGGAACCCCGACUGUACCAAUUCCAUGAAUUUCCCAGGCCUGUAUAAAUGUUUAUGUGAAAUUCCAUGGCUUUUCCAGGUUUUCCAUGACCGUGGCAACACUGCGCUUAAAGGAGGGUAAAUUUAAAUGGUUGUAAUUUAAAAUUUGAUAACACAUGACAAAAUUCCAAGAUUUCUCUAAAGUUUUCAAGAGUUUUUUUUAGAUUCUGUGAUUAUUUUCCAAAAAAAACCCAAAAAAUAUGGAAUUCCAUGAAUUUCCAGGUUUUCCAAGACCUGCAAAAGAUUCAUCAGACAACUGGUGUGAAAGCUCUUUACAACAACAACAUGAGCCUUACAUUUCGCACUACCAUGACUUUUUUUGUUUUAAUUUGAGGUUAAUUCCAGUGCAAUUUCUCAAAAAAGUAAGAUUGGAAUGUAAUGUUGUUUCAAGUAUCAUGCUUCUUUACAUAAGAAGUUGAAAUGCUACCUUUCGUUCUAAAACUGUUUGCAAGCUUUACCAAACUCAAGCGUGCACGACAAUCUGAAACAGUAAAGUUUAAGGUAUCAGAACAGUAAAAAGUUCACAUCUGACCUCAGCUGAUGCCUUUUUUAGUUGAGUUAGUGAAUCACAUUUAAAGGAAUAUUUCACUUCCCAAAAGACCAUUUGUGUAUCAACUGCACACUGCGUUAAGUUGAAUUCUUGAAGAAAUUUUGUUGUUUUCACAUACCCCGGUGCAGUGAAUGAAGAAUUCAAACUGAGAAAAUAGUUAAUUAACCCUUUGAACCCUGAAGCAACAUCACUUUUCCUGUGCUGCUU